GUGGUCUAAGAGGAAGGUAGGUGUUAAUGGUUCUGACAGUCAUUAGAAAAUAACAUUGGUGGUCUAAGAGGUAUGUAGGUGUUGAUGGCUCUGACAGUCAUUAGAAAAUAACAUUUGUGGUCUGAGAGGAAGGUCGGUGUUAAUGGUUCUGACAGUCAUUAGAAAAUAACAUUGGUGGUCUAAGAGGUAUGUAGGUGUUAAUUGCUCUGGCAGUUUAAAGCAGGUCAAAUGCUUAGUAACUGUUUUGCAUUUACAUUUUUUUGUGUAGCUAAACAAAUUAAUCUUUUAGCAGCUUAAAUUAGCAAUAAGUCAAUUAUAUAGAUUAGUGCUGAUCUCUUUAACACUGAUUCAUUAAUGAUUGAAACUAAAACGUUAGAAAAUAACGUUUGACAACUCAUUUUAAAUAUAUAAGUAACAAUGUGUACGUUUAUGUAUGAUUUUGAGUAUUUUAUAAUAUUACAAAAAAAAAAUAAUAAUUGUAUUUUGCUUUGUUUCAGACACACAGAAAAGAUGCAGUUUUUACAGUUGUUCACUUUGGCACGUCUGCUGAUUGCAAUCUACGCCCAAAGUAAGUCCAUGUUACCCAAUGCGUCCAUUUGUGUUUUAAUAAUUGGACACACUUUAAAGAGGGUGGCUUAUUUCAGCGGUUCUUAAAUGCUUCUAUUGUUUUAAUUGGAUUAUUUUUUAAGAAAGGGAAGGAACAUAUUUUAUGCUUGAUUGAGCUGAAUUGAUGGAACAAUUUUAUCGUUUAAGGUUUUGUGGGGUUUUUUUUUAGCUGAUCGUCACAAUAAUACAUAAUAUGAAAAUAAUAAGAAAAAAGGACAUGGCAGUUACAUAAAAAAUACAAUAUGAAGACAUUAAGUAGACAUAAUGUAGAAAUUAUGUAGACAUUAUGUAGACAUUAUGAAGACAUUAUGAACACAUGCAGACAUUAUGAAGACAUUAUGAAGACAUCAUGCCGACAUUAUACAGACAUGAUGAUGACAUUAUGAAUUAUGAAUACAUAAAGGUACGGUCCCUAGAUUGAUUUUCUUAGGGCCUGCUAGUGAGAUGAAAGCUUGUCUAAAGGAGUCAACACAGAUUGUAUUUUUUUAACCUUGACAAAACGGAGACUACAAAAUAUUGUACCGGUACAAAAUAUUUUUCUUAAAAAUAAUUUAUUUCUGACAUUUAUUCUUAAGCCCUGAUGAAACAAUUUUUUUAUAUAUAACCUAACGUAUUUUAAAUAUAAUAAUAUAUUUUUUCAAGAUAGUUCUGUAUCAUAUAAAUACUAGCGGUAAGCCAGUAAGUAAUCGUGACGUUUGUUACAUAUCCGACAUUUUGCAUACCUGAGAUUAGCUAUAUACCUGAUAUUUGUUACAUACCUGAUAUUAGCUACAUAACUGACAUUUGAUUCCUAAAAACAAUCAUAGUUAUUUUUAUUUUAUUUUAAGGAAAUCGAAUAAAUUUACAUGCGCAAACAAAUAUUUGGUAAUGUUGUAUUUUAGCGUCGGUAAUAAAAAAAAAUUCAUUGCCUAAGUUCUGUAUUUCUCGUUUUUAGCUGACAGUAAUAAAGAAAAUGGCUGGCAGACCCCAAAACAAUAGUUUUAUUGUGUUGCCUAAUGCUGUAUUAAGUGAUCAGGACAUGAAAAAAUGAACAGAUUUGGACACUGGUUACAUUGGGACAACAAUUGACAAAUAGUUUUGCAGCUCUACAAUGGUGCGCACAUAGGCGCUUGCUCAAAAACUCAAUGACUUGUGGACGUUGUCAACAACCGCGUACACUCAACCGAUAUGCACAGGGAAUUGAUGGGCGUAGAUGGGAUUGUGAUGGGUGCGGCUUCAAAAAGUCUGUACGAGAUGGCUCGUUCUUCGCACGCAGCCAUCUAACACCGGGGCAAGUUAUUAUUAUGACGUACUGUUGGGCAUGCGACGUGCCACAGAAACAGAUGGCUCGUGAAGCUGGUGUGAGGGAGAAGGCAACAUCGGUAGACUAGUGUAACUUUAUGCGUGAGGAUGCGGGAGAUCUGGCUUAAUUCAAAUUGCAGUUGAAAUUGGGGGAAUUUGAUGCUACUGGCGAUUCUAUCAUAGUUGAAAUCGAUGAGACUAAAUACUUUCACCGGCAAUACCAUCGAGGCCAGUGCCGAGAUGGACAUUUGGGUGUUAGGGGGUAUCCAGCGUGAAAGUGGAAAAUGCUUUCUGGUUGAAGUCCCGAACAGAAAUGCAGCAACUUUGCAGGGCUUGCAUACAGCAGCAUAUGUUACCAGGUUCUCACAUCAUAUCUGACGGUUAGGCAGCUUAUGCGCAAGUUGACAGGAUUAGGAGGUGGAAUAGCAUUCACUAAUGCUCUGAUCAUUUAACCAAAUAAGAACAAAGCAAGGGAAAUGCAAAAUCUUGUUUUUAUGCGUAUGGAAGGUUAGGGUUAAAUUCCCGUUGAUCAUUUUAGUAAUUUCUUUAAAACUCUGUUUUUGGUAAUGGUGGGGGGUAGGGGUUGGGAGAGGGUGGUAGCAAUACUAUAGUUUCAUUUGCCAAAUGCAGCCCACGAUACGCCUCAAAAUGAAUUUGACAAAUAAUUAACCUUCUUAGGUAGAUAUAUAUGGGGGUUAGAAAAUAUGGAGAAUGGCAAUUUCUUUAAAUCCAGUGAUGUUACAGUUGGGUAAAAUAGAUGCGACAUUCUCAUUUCACACAUUAAAAAAUCAGUGACGUUAACAAAACGUAAGUACAUUUACACGAUUAUACCCAUGAAUAUCAAACCCAUUCAUUUUAAACCAGCGAGAAUUUAAUUUUCAAAAUAGCGAUGAGUUAAGACUUUCUUAGAUGAUAGAUAGAUAGAAAGAUAGAUAGAUAAAUAAAAAGAUAGAUAGAUGGAUUUAUAAAUAGAUAGAUAAAGAGAUAGAUGGAUGGAUGGAUAGAUAGAUAGAUAGAUAGUUAGAUAGAUAGUUAGAUAUAUAGAUAGAUAGAUAGAUAGAUAGAUAGAUAGAUAGAUAGAUAGAUAGAUAGAUAGAUAGAUAGAUAGAUAGAUGGAUGGAUGGAACCUACCUACCUACCUACCUACCUACCUACCUACCUACCUACCUACCUACGAUGGAAGGAUGGAUGGAUGGAUGGAUGGAUGGAUGGAUGGAUGGAUGGAUGGAUGGAUGGAUGGAUGGGUGGAUGGGUGGAUGGGCGGGCGGGCGGUCGGGCGGGCGGGCGGACGGGCGGGCGGGCGGGCGGACAGAUAGAUAGAUAGAUAGAUAGAUAGAUAGAUAGAUAGAUAGAUAGAUAGAUAGAUAGAUAGAUAGAUACAUAGAUACAUAGAUACAUAGAUACAUAGAUACAUAGAUACAUACAUAGAUAGAUAGAUACAUAGAUAGAUACAUAGAUACAUAGAUAGAUGGAUGGAUGAAUCGAUGGACGGACGGACGCACGGAUGGAUGGAAGGAUGGACGGGCGAAUGGAUGGAUGGAUUGACGGAAUGACAGAUGGAUGGUAGACACAGCGCUUCCUUGAAUAGUUGCGCAAAUGGUAUCUUUCGGUAAUCUAUGUUUAUAAAUAUCUAAAAUUAAUUUAUGUAUAUAUAUGUCCUGUAUCCGCUACUUGCCAUUUAUCCGAUUGCGAUAAAGCUUUUGUGAGUUAUUUUGCAUACGCCCGUCAUUUUUUCUGAAUUAUUAUACACAUUUUACAAUAUUCUGUUUUGGUCCCAAGGCCUAAAUUCUAUUUUUUUUCUGUGAUACUGUCAUUAGCUAAAUAUAAUUUCAGUAUGCUUUCCUAUACCAUUCAUCCGAUUGUGCUAAGAUUUUGGGAAAUCGUUGUUCGCAAGCCCGGAAAUUAUAAUUUUUUUUUUUUGUAAUGAGCUAUGCACCUAUAAUUUCACAGAGAGCAAUUGUGGGAAUGGAAGGAAUUGAAUAAUAUUCAAACGACAUUUCAGUUUUUGUGACAUAAUAAUAUGGUUUCUCAAUUAGUAAACCAUUUUAUAAUUUGGUGUUUGGUGCCGGGGGCUUAACUUUUUUUUAAACAAUUUUGUGAGCUAUAUAAAUAUAAUUUCAAACAGAGAAGCUGCAUGGGUGGAUCAAUCGCUACAAGUGAGUGGACUAAAUUUUGAAACUCCAUGCUUCCCACGUGGACAGUUGUAUGUGGCUGUUCACGCGCCGAAAAACCUAAUUUAUUUGUUAAUCCCACCUGUCUGGCAGCUUUAAAUACACAAUUAAAUAAAAGAUAUAAUAAUAUAGUCGAUGCAUAUAUAUAUAUAUAUAUAUAUAUAUAUAUAUAUAUAUAUUAUGUAUAUAUAUUUUUUUGAUUAUAUAACAACUCUAUAUUUCUAUAAAAAAUCGUGGAGAGUUGUAUGUGUCUGUUCACGCGCCGAAAAACCUUAUUUAUUUGUUAAUCCCACCUGUCUGGCAGCUUUAUAUACACAAUUAAAUAAAAGAUAUAAUAAUAUAGUCGAUACAUAUAUAUAUAUAUAUAUAUAUAUAUAUAUAUAUAUAUAAAUAUAUUAUGUAUAUAUAAUUUGUUGAUGCAAUAUCAACUCUGUAUUUGUUUAAAAAAAAUAAUUUAAAGAUUCGAACCUCUAACUCUUAGCGGUGAGAUGAUCUGCCAACACAUGAAUCACGCCCCCCUCUCUCAAUACAUGUAUUUGGGAAAAAAAUAAUUGCUCGCCGUGUUUUUGCCUCGCUCCAAGUGUGAUGUGACGGUGCUCCAAAGGUAGUCUUUCUUGGCGUUACUUCCAGAUAAACAACAUGAAUCAUAUUACUUAAGUUUUCAACAUUUGGCCCCAAAUGAUUUGAUCCUGUUAAAGACAACGAACUCCUAAACAAUAUGUGAGAAUGGAAGGACUUAUUUUCCUGUCUUUUGAUUCAAGAUUCAACUUAGCUUGUCUAAAUAUUUCAUUCAAUUGUAUAUGUUGACCGUAGUUAACAUUAAUAAAACAUAAUUGCGACAGCUACUUAUUUUUUUUUUUCUUUCAAAUUUUCAAUUUUUUUUUUAUUGCAGUCUGCCCAGAUACGGAAAUCGCUUUCCUCUUUGACCAAUCAGAGAAUGCAAGAGCUGCGUCCACAAACGGAUCACACAACUUUACGAUCAGAUUUCACAUUCUUCGCGAACAAGUCACCAUCGCCUUGAAAAACUCUCGCAUCCUUAACACUCCGAGCUAUGUUAAUAUAAGGUAAGUCAUGACUGACUGCAAUAGCAUUGUAGCCAAACUAAAAAUACCUCUGAACCUUAAGCCAAUAGGGCUUGUCAUUUAAUGGCGGAAAUCUUUUAAUAGAACUCAUGUCAUCAUUACUCAUCAUCCGGGUGCUCAACUCGGACAAAAUGUCAACAUUGUUCAGUAUUACUCUGUUAGCGAAGUGUCCCUGCAACGUGUUAGCAACUCUAUUUUACGAAAUAUUUUACACAUAUUUUUUUUACUUCUAUUUUCUGAAAUGAGACUUCAUUGCGCGUACGGCUAAUGUAACAGUGACUCUAGAUACAAGGAUCGCCCGAACGAUAUGCUGAAACACAAUAUAAGCUGUCAUGUUUUAAGCAAUAUUUGUCAGCCGACGUUCUAAAAAUAGUACGCAAUGACGUUUUCCGGUCUGAGAAAUGACAAGGCUUUUGGGAAUCAAAAUUUAAGAUGUAAGUGUGACUGGGUGGAGCUAGUGUUAUAGCCAAACUAGAAUAGCCUCUAACCCCAAGCAGAAAGGAAUACAAGUUUAGUCAAGCCAACGAACUUGCAAUACCAUGAACACAACUCCUCCCCCAAACCCCAGGCCAUUUAUACCAGAAGUCUUAUGUGUCUACCAAUAGUGUUUUAAAAGAUAUUGAAAUCAGAAAAGCUUUGAAAUCAGAUAAUGAAAUAUACGAAAAUUGAAUAAAUGAAACAGUAGGAAAGCUUUCCUUGUGUGAAAUCAAAAUACACAUUUAGAUGUUUCGGCCAAAUGCCUUUAACAAUAGAACAGAAUAACAUAUACUUUCAAUUACAUUUUGCAAAUGUGCAUAUAAUUCUAACAUUUAUUUUCCAUUUUCUUGGAAUGCUUAUGUUUUUCAUUUUCAACUGUUCUUUUCCCUUGUUUUGUAUUGUCUGUUGAAGAAAGCAUUUGGCCAAACCGUCUUUAUAAUUAAUUGUUCUGUAUUUUAUUUCAAGCAUUAACAUAACUUGAUCCAUCAUAUAUUUAGCCCACACUGCUUUAAUUCGGGUCCUUAUAGCAUCAUGCUGUAUGGCUGUAGAAUACUGUAUGGCUGUAGAAUGGUGUAUGGCUGUAGAAUACUAUAUGGCCUUAGAUUGCUGUGCAGCUUAGAAUGUUUUAAGCGGUAGAAUGUUGUACAGCAAUUGAAUUCUUCUUCCCUGUAGAUUUGUUCUAUUGAUUAUUAUCACUGUGUUAUGUGUUCAACUGUCGCCUAACAGGCUUGAAAUGGACUAUUGCACAUUGUUUGCAGUUUCUGUGUCAAUAUGGAUUUGUAUGUGGAAAUUCUGGUAUCAUCAUUUUCGGAAUGUUCUGGGCUGUGCAGUGGUAUAAUCGGUUUAAAAAUCGGAUAAUGUAUUCCUGAGAUAUCUGCUGGUGUUUGUUUUUUCUUAUGUAAAAAGACAAGUGAACACAGUGUUGACAGUACGGCAUGUGUGCCCCUUUCUAGUGAGCUUCCAAUCAGGAUAGAAAUAUCAUAGCCAGGCCAAUGAGUAAAUACUAUAGAGACGCAGUUGCAGAUCCAGACUAUUACAGGCCUCAAAUUCUGCGCUAUACCAAAGCUCAAAUAUUGCUCUUCAACACGGUUUAUGUUGACCCCGACUUUUUAAAAGUGAUCGAAAAACUGGUUCAGCUUGGCCCUAACUGGGAGACAGGAAAAGUAUCAAGUAAGCCAAUAGGCACACUGCAAAAGAAGACGUGUCUCUAUCGUCGUAAACAGCGUCCACUGAAAUACCGCCAUGGCGACUGCAGUGUCAAUACUAUUGCGUUGAUAAUCGUUAUGAGGAGCCUUUUCAUGAAGCUGUCAGUAAUGAGGAGGACGACAGAAAUCAGCCACCUACUGUGUCAUCGAUCUUGCCCGUUCCCUACGUAUCAAGGCAAAGGUCACAGCCAUUGGCCCAUGAUUUCGCACCACCUCGAAGGGGUGUGACGAAAUCAAAUCUAGUAGUUGUCGACUGUCAGCCUUUUGUGAGGCCGCAAUCACGGCUUUUAGGGGUGCUGUAUUUUAACGCCCAGUCAUGCAGGAACAAGACAUUUGAGGUGUGUGAUCUUAUUUUAGAGAGCAAGGUUGAUCUUGUGUUCAUUACGGAGACGUUUAAGAAGGUCGGAGAUGAGGUCAAGCUGCAAGAAAUAACACCUCCGGACUAUCUCCUUCAUUCCUGCCCAAGAUUGUCUCGUAAUGGCGGAGGUAUUGCUGUUCUUUGCAGGAGCUCCCUCAAGAAUAGUGUGGCGUUCUCAAAAUCAGACCAGUUUGUUUCAUUUGAGAUUUGCAAGAUGCAACUUAAUUAUUGUGACCAAGCGAUUUCUCUUCUUUGCAUAUACAGGCCACCUCCCAAUAAACGAAAUAAGUUGAAGGCCUCCCAGUUUACUGCUGAGUUUAUACAGAUCCUAGACAUGUACGCCUCUAUAAAUAACAACGUCAUCAUAAUAGGUGACACCAAUUGCCACUUUGAUUCCACCACUGACAGCUAUGUGAAGACUCUGAAAUCAGCUCUUGACACAUACAGUAGUAUCCAGCUUGUCCGACACUGAAGAGGAGUCACAUCCUGGAUUGGCUUGUUGUCAGAGAGGACCGCGCAGUUGUCAUCCGCAACGUCCUUAUUGAAGAUAAAAUGAUAUCUGAUCACUUUCCCAUAUUCUUUGACCUAGACUUGAAGAAGCCAGGGUGUCCUCUGCGCACAGUCACAUCUCGUGAACAUCGAACAAUUGAUCUAGUGGCCUUCAGAUGCGACGUCGCAGCCCUCAGGUGCAGUGAAAAAGACCCCGCUACAUCCUAUAAAAGUGGCCUCAGAGUCAUUUUAGACAAACAUGCACCACUGACCACACCGUGCGUUACGGACCGCCCUUCUGCCCCAUGGCUCACGUCCAAAAUUAAUGAAGCGAAGCAGAAGCAGUGACGUGCAGAACGCCUUUGCGGAAGUCGGGCUUGACCAUGCACCAACAAUUCUUUAUUGACCACAGGGAACGAACCAAGAGGUUGGUCCUUGCAGCUAGGACAGAGCAUGUUAGUCAUCAGAUUACAGGCAGCAGCUCAAGCAAGGACUUAUUUCGCAUUGUGGGUCAGCUGACCGGUAAAAACAAGGCUACAACUCUGCCAAAUAACAUUGCUGUAGGAGAGCUGCCAGACGCUCUAAAUGACUAAUUUAUUACAAAAGUUAAGAGGAUCAGGGCGAAACUUGACAGUUGCAUCGAUACUGCUCCAGAAUUGUCACCCUUCAACGGUUCUUCUAUGGGUGAAUUUGUUGAGGUCAGUGAAUCGAAUGUGUGGAAAAUCCUUGCUGAUACCCCAAGAAAGUCAUGUUCGCUUGACCCUCUUCCAGCAGGGCUCUUGUAUGGAUGUCUGGAUGAAAUAGUCCCCAUCAUCACUUGUAUCAUAAAUCACUCCUUAGCUACUGGUAUUGUUCCAUCACCUUUUAAAGAGGCGAUCGUCACUCCAAUAUUAAAGAAAUCAAAUCUUGACCCAAAUGUGAUGGAACAUUAUUGCCCCAUCUCAAAUCUACCAUUUAUAUCCAAAAUCUUAGAAAAAGUCGUUCUCCGCCAACUCCUGGAUCAUCUCAUUCAAUGUGACUUGUUUGAACCUUUCCAGUCAGCAUACAGGGCGCAUCACUCUACUGAGACAUCCCUGUUGCGCGCCGUAAACGACCUUCUGUCGUCUUGUGAUGAGGGCAAGGUAUCGAUUUUGUCUUUACUCGAUCUAUCGGCAGCUUUCGAUUCGCUUGAUCACGGCAUACUGCUCCAGCGUCUGCAAAAAACGUUCGGUCUCACUGAUACUUUGCUGAGUUGGUUCCGAUCAUAUCUGACUAAUCGGGUCCAGUCAGUUAUUUCUAACGCCUGAUCUCGAAGAAAUCCAAUAUCGAAUUCGGAGUACCACAGGGCUCGGUCCUAGGCCCGGUGCUUUUCACGAUGUACAUUCAGCCCCUGGGUGCAGAGAUCAAGUAGUUUGACAUGCAAUACAAUAUGUUCGCGGACGACACCCAAUUUCAUCAAUCCAUGAUCCCUUCUCAGUUCCCUCAGAUUCUCAGUAUGACACAGAAGACAGUUGAAUCAGUUAAAUACUGGAUGACCACAAACAAGCUCAAAUUGAACGAUAAGACUAAGCUGCUCCCCAUCUCAACCGCUCAGAAGCAAAAAUCUGCCAAUAUCAUGACAUCACUUACGCUCUCAUGUGUGCAUACAGAGUUAGCUCAAACAGUGCGGUACCUGGGUGUCUACCUAGAUAGAUCCCUAACCUUAGAAAGUCACAUUAACAUGCUAUGCAAAGUGAUUUUUCUAGAGCUGCUCAGGAUUAGUCACAUAAUGCCCUUCCUAACAAUUGAUGCAACAAAGAGGUUGAUGUCUGCAUUUGUGCUAUCACGCAUGGACUAUUGCAAUGCUCUCAUGGUUGGUCUUUCAGCUAUGCUCCUGGAUAAAAUUCAAAUAGCACAGAAUAAUGCGGCUCGCAUUGCUCUCCGCAAACGCAAGUUCGACCAUGCAAAAACACUUCUAAGAGAGCUCCACUGGCUGCCAGUGCGUGCUUGCACAGAGUACACAAUCGUAACUUUGUGCUACCGCUGCUUACAUAACCUGGCACCGUCCUAUCUGAAAGAGCUGCUGACGCCUUAUGUACCCACUAGAGAUCUCCGCUCAUCAGACAGUAGCAAACUCUCGACACCACGUGUUCGCCUUGAGACUUACGGAAAGCGCACUUUCGCAUUUGCUGGUCCAACAAUUUGGAAAGUCCUUCUAGUCGAUCUCAGAAACUAUCAGACACUGGAGUCCUUUAAAACUAAUUUAAAGACUCAUCUUUUUGCAAACACGUUCUGGGAAGAUUGUCUACCAUAUUUUCCAUUUAAUGCAUAAUGGCUGUGUUGCUUAGGGUUUAAAUGGGUUGAAAGACUUUGACUUUGUAAUUAGUUUUUGUAGUGUUGCGUUUGUUUUAAAUGUGUAAAUUAUUAUUAUUAUUUUUUAUUAAAAUUUGUUUUUAAAAACUUUUGUACUGCGCUUCGAGCCUUUGGGGAUGAAGCGUGUUUUUGAAAUACACUUUAUUAUUAUUAUUAUUAUUAUUGCAGAUUUUUUUAUCGCUGUAGGUUUGUUCUAAAGCUGCUAAUUUGAUGUAUAGCUUUAGAAUGUUGUAAAGCUAUAUAUUUGUAUAUAGAAACUUUCUUUUAUUUACAGAAUAGGCGGCUACGGCUACAGCAAUGAUGUGAUGUCAGUCAUUCCCCCAGGUUCAUCCCCAGCCGCUGCUAUUGAUUCACUUGUUAACGGAUUGUUUCUGAUUUCAAAUGUAAGUAUGCAACACAGAUGACAAAUGUAAGUUAUACAGAUAACAAAUGUAAAGGGUAAUAAGAGGAGAGACUGCAAUCAGGUUAGCACAAUAUAAAUGAUUAAAACAGUAGGGUUAAAUCUGAAAAAAGAAACGUAACAAAGCAAUGAACGUGUCGGCAGAAAGCCUUCGUCAGCGAACGAAACUACAGAUAAAACGGUAUAAAAGUUAAAAUAAGAAAUAGCACUUAGCUUGGAAGUAGUAUACGUGGGCCGCAAAAGAAAUGGUUAACCCUUCUCUGUUUUACUCAUUUUAUAACAAAUGUAAGCAGUACAAACGACAAAUGUAAGCUACACAGACUACAAAUGUAAGCAACACAGAUAAAAAAUGUUAAGAUGAACAGAUUAUAAAUCUAAACUACAUAGAUUACAAAUGUAAGCUUGGAAGAUUACAAAUGUAAGCCAAAAAAAUUAAAAAAUUAAACAACAAAGAUUUAAAAAAUGUAAACAACACAGAUUACAUAUUGACCUACUAUCCGACAUUUCUCAAUUGUUUUUUUUUUCUAAUGGCUGUCGCGUGAUUCACUAUCCAUACUACAAGCACAUGCGGCCGCAAGGUUAGAAUCACAUAACCUAACCAUAACCCUAACCAUAACCUUACCAUAAACCUUACCAUAAUCCUAACCAUAACCUAACCAUAACCUUAACCAUAAUCCUAACCAUAACCCUAACCAUAAACCUAAUUAUUACCAUGAACCUAACCACAACCAAUGUUCCAUUUAUGCUGCGCGGAGGCGCAGUAAUCUCACAGACGCCGCGAAGCAGUUUUGAGUACCGUGUAGCUAAUUUCCACUUAAGGGUGUGUUUGUGUCUGUAGGCUGUAAAAUUUGAGCUAACAAAAAUUUGAUGCUUUAAAAAUUUGCACACAAAUUUAUGAUUUUGCACACGAACCAACAAACCGUAGAGGGAACAUUGACCCUAAACCUAAUGCUUGGCAAACUAUGACGUUAUUACAAACUGCUAAAUUGAUAAUCUGUGCAAUGGCUUCGUUUCUUAUAGGGUUGUAAUUCAACAAAUCAUUAAUCUAUCUACAUGACGUAAAGUUCUUUAAUGAAGCCACAGCACAUCUUCUUUCAUUAGCUUUCUCUCUUCAACUGCAUUACCUAUUGAUAGUUGUGUUAUUUUAUUUUCAAGCUUUCGUCAAAAUAUUUUAGAUAUUUGACCAUUAAAUUGAAACCUUCACAUCUUUUAUCCCUAUAAGACCCAUACAAAAUACCUAAAUGGCACCUCUUUGACAUAAUUUAUAUUAGGGUGGAUCAUGGACCUACCGCGGUCUGCAAGGCAUCACAUCAGGACCCACUUACACCAACAACCGACUGAUAGUUAUAUCAUCUCAAGGAUCAGGGAACACCAACAGGAGAUUGUUGGCCCAACAGGAGGCUCAAAGAGUCCGUUCUCUGGGUUGGAACAUAACCGUCAUUGUCGCCGUGGUAAGUCAUUGAAAUGAACAUUGAUGAGAUUUGAAGGAAUGUGUAAAAAAAACAAAACAAGCGGAAUGUAGCAACGGCUUAACUUAUUAUUAUUUUUUUUUAAAACUGAUUAUUGCUUAUUAUCGAAUCGUAUGAUGACUAUUUCAAAUUUCAGGGCAAGAAUUUCAUCGAUGUUCUAGAGUUGGCAGCAGUCAACAACAACAAGUUUCCCAUUCUCAUCGUGGACCAAACAAAUGAAACCGACCCAAAAAGUUACCGUCUCCUAGCGACAGAAUUAAACAAGAUCUUCAACAGCAUGUGCCCCAUCACACCAAGUAAAACAUGAAGCACUCAUAAUAGCAAUGGUAUCACAAACAACACUCAAAGUGCCACAUAAAGCACCCAAAUUACCCCAUUCUACACUCAUAGUACUACAUCCAGAAAAAAACUAAAUCCAGCACCAAUAUGAUCACAUACAGCACCCAUAGCACUACAUUCAACACGAUACUACCACAUCCAGCCCAAAGAAUACCCCAUCAGGCACUCAUAGUACCACAUCCAGCAACAAAACUAAAUCCAGCACCAAUAUGAUCACAUACAGCACCCAUAGCACUACAUUCAACACCAAUACUACCCCAUCCAGCCCAAAGAGUACCCCAUCCAGCACUCAUAGUACCACAUCCAGCACCCAUAGUACCGGAUUCCAGUAUUCAUAGUACCAAUCCAGCACUUAUGGUGUCACGACCAUUCCCAUGCUACCAACCAAGAACUUAUAGUAUCACAUCCAGCUAAAAUAGUAUCACAUCCAGAACUAAUAGAACCAAUCCAGCACUCGAUUGUAUCACAUCCAGCAUCCAUAGUAUUACAUCCUGCACACACAGUACCACAUACAUCACCCACAGUAACACAACGAGCACCUAUAAUACUACAUCCAACACCCAUAGUUUCACAUGCAACAUCCGUAGUACCACAUCCAGCACUUAUAGUACUAUAUCCAUCACCCAUAGUACAAUAUCCUGCAUCCAUCAGCAUUAAAAAUAUAUAAAUAAGAAAAUACAUAAAUAUUGCCAAAAAGAAAAUUAUUUAGCAUCCAGAUUAUAUAUUUUUUUUUAUUAGUAACAAUACUUAACAUCACAUUUAAAAAAAAAUAAGGUAAUUAUAUUUUUCUUAGGACAUGUCAAACAACAAAAGAAACCGUAAUAAUUUUUUGUCUCUUGACUGUUUAAGAGAGUUUAGGAGAAGGGAUUCACGACAAGAAAAUACGAGUAUGAACCUUUCUACAUUAAAUGAAUUGAAAUUCUCAAUGUCUUCUCUUUCCAGCGUGUCCAAAUAUGGAUCUCCAUUUUCUGUUUGACCAAUCCGAAAACGCAUGGGCCGCGUCCAGCAAGGACUUAAAAAAUGAUUCGAUGAAAUUUCACAUCCUCCAAGAGCAGGUCAGCAAGGCUCUGCUCAAUACUCGUAUCCUCAACACAGCGAGGUCCGUUACUAUAAGGUCAGUGAGACUGUCAAUUGCUGGUGGAGUAAAGAAAAAAAUAGAAAAAUUUUAAUCACUGCAAAAAUAAUAUUCUUCUUAUUAAAUUAACCACAUUCUUACAGAAUUUUUAAAUAACACCAACAUGUGUCCCCACCCCAACCCCCAAACACUUAAAAAAAAUCAAGAACAGUAAAAAAAAAAAAAUUUUUUUAUCCUUAAUAUUAAAUUGGCUUUUUAGCUUCGCGGAUGACAAAAUAUUUUGACGGCUAUUUGACCCAGAUCUCAUUAACCAAUCGAGCUGAAACUUGGCACACAGACUCAUUGCUGAUUACACCACAUUUUUUUUCUUGCAAAUUUUCAGCCCACUCCCAAAUUAAGGAAAUAUUAUGACAAUGAUUUUAUCAAAUAUUUUUUCCAAUAAAUGCGAUGGAUAAGAUUCUUUUUUUACACUCAUAACUAUAAUAAUAAUCUAAUACCCACCAGUUUUACACAGCAGAACUAUUUCACCAAACGCCAUAUAUUUUAAAAAAAAAAAGAAAAGAAUCUCAUUUAGCUCAGUUACCGGGAAUGUAAUGUUACCUUUCCAUUGAAAAAAAAAAUGAUUUUGGGAUGUUGGGGUCGAUAGCGAAGUUAAUAUAAAUGAUUUUUACAAAUCUUCUUUGUUAGAGAGUAUUAAUAUAGUUCAGGGGCGUGAACAAAAUGUGAGCUGUCGAAUCAGAAUGGUUUGGGGGGGGGGGGGGGUGUUCUGGGGGGGGGGGGGGGGGGGGAGUAAUUGGGAUUCUUAUAUUUAUUAUUUUAAUUUCUUCCUAUCUUUCUCUACUUUUAUGAAGAAUUUUUGGGAAUUUUUUAAAAAUUUUUAGGGCUGUUUUAAUUCCAAGUCCAAUAAGAAACGCCAUACAAGUAUCACACAAUUUAAAAUUAGCAAUUAAAAUAAUGCUACCGUUAAGCUGCAACGCUUGACCUUUGAACCAUAUCCCCUCCUUCCCUCAUCCUCAGCGUAGGUGGCUAUGGCUACAGUAGCGGUGAAAACGUCUCGUCAGUCAUCCCCCCGGGUUCAUCCCCUGCCGCUGCCAUAGACUCCCUGGUGGACGGGCUGCUUCUGAUGUCGAAUGUGAGUGGGGAAAGAUGUACUUUUAAUUUGACCUUAGUACACUGGCUCACAUUAACGGUUGAGUGUGUCCUGAUCAGGGCCGGCGCCAGAGUAUUUGGCACCCUAGGCGAACCUGUCCAAGAUGCUCAUCCUUAAAUGGCUCAAACAUAGCUAGAAAUGCCACAAAUUUCAGGGAGUUCCCGUUAUCACAAGUUUCAGUUUCUCAUGUGUUCCGCGAAAAGCAAGAUUUUGCAUGCCAAGAACUCUAAAUAAAGCAAUCAGCCGUUUAAAGAUUUGCUGCCAAUAUUGUUCUUCUUUUUUAAUGAGACGUAAAUGCUCGGCAUCAAUUGUGUUCAUGUGUCGCAGACGCAGCUCAAGUUCCUUCCAUGACUGAACAUUCGCUAGAUGUUCACCGCUUUUCUCAUGUCCUGAUAGAAUUGCGGUCAUGUUUUUCGAAUCAUGUGAACCUUUAUCAGAAAGAGAUGACGCACCUGUUGUGCUGGUAAACAGCUUGCAGCAGAGACAAUAAACAGAGUCAUUACUUACAGAAUACUGCAGCCAGUGUCUGCGAAUUUCAUCCCCAGUGACAAGCAUGUGGUUGUAAUGACUUUUUGAGAAUUUCCUUUGAUUACUGUCUUUGGGAAAAUCAAACUGCUCAAACUGCUCUAGUCCAUGUUCUAUUAAAAUUUGUCGCAUGUGAUUAUCAAAUUCUGUCCAAGUACAGGAUCGUCAUAUUUAAAAUAUAAACCAUUUAAAUUAUCGAUUUUAUGCACUUCAGAUUUUGUUUCUUGGUGCGUACCGUGCAUUUCAUGUUGUGCUUAAAACUCUUCUGAUACUGUCAUCUCCUCGGAUUCCACCGCUUCCUAGUCUCUGCUUCGGCUUGAUUGUUGAACUCCUCUGUACCGCCUUCGUCUCUGUGCGGUGUACAUAGAUAUUUUAACAACGAGUCUCCUUGGUUUUUUAAAGGUAUUUUUCAUUUUCAUCACUUCGAUUUCGAUACUGUGCGCCAGAAAAUUGUUUUCUCUCUGCCAUGGGGAUUGAAAUAACGACGGAAUCUGCAAAAUGAAAUGUUAUUAUGGUUAACUAUUUUGCUGUAUUUCUAAUUCAUUUUUGUAAAUAAAAUAAUUGCCAUUUACAUAUACAAGUUUAAAUAACUAAAUCAAAUGAUUUUUAAUCUAACGUUGUACACAAGUUAAACUAAAUAUGUUACGCCCCUGCUUACACAGAGCUCUGCUCAGCUCAUUGGCCCGGGUUUAAAUAGGGUAACCUGGAUCCUCUAAGUGAGGCUGGCGUCGGGGAAGGGGACGCGGCCGUAAAAACAAAUCACUCCAAAACUCCAUUGAGUUGCAACACUCGUCAGACUCGAUGCACUCAUUUGUGCAUGUCCUACCCAUGCCGUGCGUGGAAACAAAGGACUUUCAACGGUAAAAAAAUAAAAAGAAGAAAAUUACUUAAAGUUUUUAAGUAGCCUGUCGACGAUAAAAAAAUUUAAAUUAUUUAUUUUAUUUUCAAAAUUGACGUCAUUUCAAAAUGAAAUGACGUCACCGGAUGUGGCCGUAUUUGCCCGUAAUGUAAGUAAUCAAAUUUUUACUAUGCAAUUCGUUUCAUUCGUUUUAAGAAAACAGUUAAUAUUAGUGUUAAAAAACUAUGCAAUUUAAUUCAAUGUUUUAAUGGCGGCGUCACCCCACUAACAAAAUUUUUCAAUUCAUUUAUUACAAAAGGGCGGCAAAUUUUAUAUUUAUAUUUUUAUGUAGCUCACAGUGCCGCAUUGCUGUCCCAUAAAUGUGCCGUCCUAGGCGGCCGCUUAGUUUGCAUAGUGGUUAAACCGGGCCUGCUCCUGAUGAGCUUUUCGUCUUGCGUCCUUGUUGUGCUAGUGUUUAAGCUAUACAUUACACAGUUUGACUAUAGCAGCAACACAAUUAGUUCAGUUCUAGCAUGUUUCUCAAAUGUUAAAAAUAGAAUGCACUUCAAAAAGAACCAGGUGGCUCUGCUAGGGGCUCAUUUAGUGGCUCUGUUAGGGGCUCUGUUAGUCGUUUUAUUUGUAGUUAAAGUAAUAUUGUUUCCACUGUUAACUGGAUGACUGAAACUCUAUCAGAACAAUGUAAUCCAUUAAAAUUAUUAUACUUAAACGUACUAACCAUAAUCAAUGAUAACUGACACACACAUCUAAUGUUCAGAAAACGUUCUGAAUGAUGUGUUAUUAAUAACUAGAAUAAAUGAGCCGAUGUUAUCGGGUUAAUAAUGAUAGAUCCUAUGCGAAAAUUUUGAACUGCUAUUGCAAAAACUCAUCACAAUUAAUAACUUUAAAAAUUUAAUGAUAUUUACGUUUGUAGCAUCAUUGCGUUUUGGGAACAAUUUACCUGCUAUAUAUUAUAUGCCUACCCUACUCAUUUUCACGCUCCUAAACUACUUUUUUCCCCCUCUAAGAUGAUAUUACAUUACACAGUCUAAAUUAUUACUAAUUAUAUUGUUUGUUACUAAAGAAGUUAAUUGAGGGACAAAGCUACGUUAGAGAAAUACUUUAGAUUUCCCUUUUUUGUGCCCUUGAAUUGCAACUUUUUUUCUCUAAAAAUUGUUUUAAAAAAAUUGCCAUCUUUUCGUGCCCUUGAAUUGCAACUUUUUUUCUCUAAAAAUUGUUUUUAAAAAAUUGCCAUAAAUUUACACCAAAACCCUAUAUAUGAUAUAAAAAUAUUUUAUAUUAUAGAAAUUCAAUAUAUUAUAUUGAUAUCUUCAGCAACAAUUUUAACACAUUUUGAGCACUUUAAAAAAAUAAAAUAAUGUAUGAUCAGAAAAUCUUAAAACAAAGAAUUAUUUUAUCUAAAGAAGAAUCGCGCUACCUUUUUUCACUUCUAUAACAGAUUUGAGUCUUCUUGUUGUUUUUUUUAUUUUUAAAAUUUAAAUGUUUAAUCUCAUAAAAUACAACAUGAACAUACCCAUAUUUGUGAAAGGAGAAUGUAACAUCUCUUUUUCACAAAUGUAAUACCAUAGGAGUUAACUAUAUUGUCAUCCAUGUAAAAAUGUACACAUCUUAUUUCUUACGUCCGAUAUGUAUUUACCCGAGAAAGAUAUUUAUUUAUCAAACGAUUCCUUAAUUUUGUGCCGCCUUGGGCAAAAUGAACACACCCAUAUUUAAUAAUAAUAAUAAUAAUAAAGUUCAUUUCAAAAACACGCUUCAUCCCCAAAGGCUCGAAGCGCGGUACACAGUCAACAAAAACAAAUCUAUAAUUUACCACAUUUAAAACAAACGCAACACUACAAAAACUAAUUACAAGCAUACAAUGUCAAAGUCUUUCAACCCGUUUUUUUUACUAUUUGUAAAAAGAGAAUGCAACAUCUCUUUUUUCCCAAAGGUAAUACCAAAGGAUUUAAAUAUAUUGUCAUCAACGUAAAAAUGUACACAUCCUAUUUCCUACAUCUGAAAUAUAAGUUCCAAAAAAGAUUGAUUAUUUAUCAUAUUCAUUACUUUAUUUUGAGACGUAUCUUGUGCUGCGUGGGGCAAAGUAACAAACCUCUCCCCCACCAAGAUUUAAAUAAAUUUAGAAGAAUCUUCUACCGGAUUGUUUGAUUUGAUAUUUAUAUCGCGCUUGUAUCCAUGCCACUUCAGCAUGCUCACUGCGCUCUGGUCCUCCGAAAUCUAUUGAAACAAAACAGUUUUUCUUUAUCAUAUUACAAUUCCCCACAAAGAUUGAUGCAAAAUGUUCCAUAAUUUUGGCGGUAUCGCUUCAAAAGAGCGCACUCCACAAGACGGUUUUCUGUGUUCAUACACUCUAGUAACACUCAGUAAGUACUGUGUUGAAGACCGUAGGUUCUUCAGAAGUACAUGUUUAUAAAUAAGGUCCUUGAGAUGCUCCGGUACUAAGCCAUCUCUGCAGCUGUACGAAAGGGAAAACAUUUUAUAGCUAAUGUAGUCCUUUCCAUACCCAAACUAAAAUAAUUUGCACUUCAUAUGGUUCGUUCUUUUUUGUUUUAGUUAUACGUUGAUUCAUCAAUUCUUUUUGGCUACGGAGUUGCGCUGCACUGUUUUGACUUAAAUCACAUGUUGUUAUUAUAAUUAUAUAUUCAAUGUUAGUUUUUAUUACGUUAUAAUUUUUAUAAAUGUAUAUUUUUGGAAUAAAAAAAGGCAAAACUUUUUAAUGUUAAUAUACACAGCAGAAAUAUGUGUGUGUUUUAUUAACAAUUUAAAAAGCAAUCAAUUUUAUUUAUUAAUUUUACUUUUAAAAGGGAAAAUACAGUAUCAGUUAUCUGGCUCGCGGUUAUUAAAUUUUUAAAAAAACUUAUGAGUUUUGGAGAAAUAAGCUAUCCACGCUAUGACGUCAUUUGCGUGUUUAUUUAGAAUACAUUAAAUUAAAAUUUUAUUUCGCAAUGUUAAAAACGCACUGAAAGACGCACUAAAAACGACUGAUGUUUGGAUUUUCCCAAUAAAUGUGAAUACGGUGUAAUCUUUGAUCAUGAUUUUUUUUAAUUAAAAAAAAACAAUUUCUUUACUUUUAAACACAUAUAAAAUGCUUAAAAUAGUUAGUUAGUUGAUACUUUCAAUGUAUUUGUCAUUUAUAAUAUUAAUACUUAAACGUUUACUAAAAUAAAAGCGGAUUUAAAAUAUUUUUGCGCAUUUAAAUUUAUUUGCUUUCCGUUAAAUAAUAGAAAAUAAUUGUGAUUGUUUUUAAGAAUCCGAACGUACUUAAAUAUUUUCUACCUUUUGGCGUUAUGUGAACCUAGCUCAUUAUUAUAUAUAAUAAUAAUAACAAAGUUUAUUUGAAAACCACGCUUUAUCCCCAAAAGCUCGAAGCGCGGUACAAAGUCAACCAUAUUGAAAAGAGAAAUAGAAAACAAUUUAAAAUUUACCACAUUUAAAAAACAGACGCAACAAUAUAAAACUACAUACGAGCAUACCAAGUUAAAGUCUUUCAUCCCAUUUCAACCAUAAGCAACACAAGCCAAUAUACUUUAACUGAAAAAAAGAUGGUAGAUAGCAUCACCUCCAGAAAGUUUUGGGAAAUAGAUGUGUUAUUAAAUCGGUUUUAAAGGACCCCAGUGUCUGGCUGUUUCUGAGAGCGACUGGAAGAGCGUUCCAAAUUGUUGGGCCAGCAAAUGCAAAAGUGCCCUUUCCGUAAGUCUCAAGGCGAACACACGGUAUCGAUAUUUUUUCACUAUCGGAUGAGCGGAGCUCUCUAGUGGGUACAUAAGGCGUCAUGAGUGCUUUGAGAUAAGAUGGCGCCAGGUCAUGUAAGCAGCGGUAGCACAAAGUUGCAAUUUUGUACUCUAUACGAGCGCGGACCGGCAUCCAGCUAUUAACAAUUGUACUCCAACUUUCUUGAUGUACCAGAUGAUAACAAAUUCUGUACAUAUAAAUUUGAUUUAGAAGAUGUUUUCCCCAUAACUAGGCAAGAAGAUGUAAAAAUAACUGAUCGAGCACACAUAGUGAGCAGUAUUUAUAUCUUCUCAGACAAUUGUAAAAUGUAGUACAAUUAGCAAAUUUUUGUUUCUUUAAACAAUCAAAAACCUUUUCUGCAACGGUUUGAUAUUAUAUAAGAUUUGCUACACACGUCUCUGUACUGGAAGAAGCACUUAUCCACCAUCUUAAGAGAGAUACCUGAUUUGAUUGAACAAUAGACUAUCAGCAAUAUAAACAACCAAUGACUUGAUAUUAUAGAAGAUUUGCUACAAACUUCUAUGUACCAAAAGAACCACUUAUCCACCAUUUUGAGAGAGAUGCCUGAUUUGAUUGAACAAUAGGCUAUCAACAAUAGAAACAAUCAAUGGUUUGAUAUUAUAGAAGAUUUGCUACAAAAUUAUCUGUACUGGAAGAACCACUAUCCACCAUCUUGAGAGAGAUGCCUGAUUUGAUUGAACAAUAGGCUAUCAGCAAUAGAAACAAUCAAUGGUUUGAUAUUAUAGAAGAAUUGCUUCAAACUUCUCUGUACUAAAAGAACCACUUAUCCACCAUCUUGAGAGAGAUGCGUGAUUUGAUUGAACAAUAGACUAUCAGCAACAGAAACAAUCAAUGGUUUGAUAUCAUAGAAGAUUUGCUACAAAAUUAUCUGUACUGGAAGAACCACUAUUCACCAUCUUGAGAGAGAUGCCUGAUUUGAUUGAACAAUAGGCUAUCAGCAAUAGAAACAAUCAAUGGUUUGAUAUUAUAGAAGAAUUGCUUCAAACUUCUCUGUACUAAAAGAACCACUUAUCCAUUAUCCUGAGAGAGAUGCGUGAUUUGAUUGAACAAUAGACUAUCAGCAAUAGAAACAAUCAAUGGUUUGAUAUUAUAGAAGAUUUGCUACAAAAUUAUAUGUACUGGAAGAACCACUAUCCACCAUCUUGAGAGAGAUGCGUGAUUUGAUUGAACAAUAGACCAUCAGCAAUCUUUCGACAAUAUAAACACUCAUUUUUAUCCAAUGUCCCCAUUUUGGAUGCACCAGUUUCAAGUAGACCACUUAACUUUGAAAUUGAUAUCAUUUUUGUCCACCUUGGCAAUACAAUUGUAAAAAACAAAACAAAAGAGAAGCUGACCUGUAGUGACCACUGCUACGUCAAAAUAGUUUGUGCCAAGUCAGGGCCGUAGCCCUCCCUGUGAACCCCCGUUCUGUUACAAACCAGCCGCCUUAAGAAUGGAUCGUUUUCAUUUUGAAAAACAGUCCCAAUUAAAAUGUUAUUGCCAAUCAUUUCACUGUUAAAAUGUUACUGCCAAUAACUUUACUAUUAAAAUAUUAUCCAUAAUCUUUCAGGGUGGUUCAUGGACCUACCGCGGCCUUCACGGCAUCACAUCAGGACCCACUUACACCAACAACCGACUGAUAGUUAUAUCAUCUCAAGGAUCAGGGAACACCAACAGGAGAUUGUUGGCCCAACUUGAGGCUCAAAGAGUCCGCUCUUUGGGUUGGAACAUAACGGUCAUUGCUGUAAAAGUAAGUGGUAGAACUCUAGCCUUUCUGGGGUGUAUUCAAUAAAUGUUAGUCAGACAUUCAGAAUAAUACAUUGAAAAUAUCAACCAGUGGGCUGAGUGUUGAAGUGGGCUGAGAGUGGCGGUGGGCUGAGUGUUACUAUGUUGGGUGUAGCAGUUGCCUGGAAAUGGCAGGGGGAUGAAUGUGGCUUGGACUGAAUGUGGCAGUGGGCUAGAUGUAGCAGCAGACUUGCUGUUGCAGGCUGAGUAUGGCAGUGGGCUGUGAAUGGCAGUGGUCUGAGCGUGUCAGUGGGCUGAGUGUGUCAGUGGGCUGGGUGAGGCAGUGAGCUGAGUGUGGCAGUGGGCUGUGAGAGGCAGUGGGCUUAAUUUGUCACUGGGCUAAGUGUAUCAGUGGGCUUGAGUGUGGCAGUGGACUGAGUGUUGCAGUGGGAUGCGUGUGGCAGCGGACUGGGUGAGGAACUGGGCUGAGUGUGGCAGUGGGCUGUGAGACGCAGUGGUCUGAGCUUGUCAGUGGGCUGAGUGUGUCAGUGGGCUGGGUGAGGCAGUGGGCUGAGUGUGGCAGUGGGCUGUGAGUGGCAGUUGGCUUAAUUUGUCACUGCGCUGAGUGUAUCAGUGGGCUUGAGUGUGGCAGUGGGCUGAGUGUGGCACUGGAAGAUUGUGGCAGCGGACUGGGUGAGGCACUGGGCCGAGUGUGGCAGUGGGCUGGGUAAGGCAGUGGUCUGAGUGUGGCAGUGGGCUGGGAGAGGCAGUGGGCUUAAUUUGACAAUGGGCUGAGUGUGUCAGUGGGCUUGAGUGUGGCAGUGGGCUGGGUGAGGCACUGGGCUGAGUGUGUCAGUGGGCUUGAGAGGCAGUGGGCUUAAUUUGACAACGGGCUGAGUGUGUCAGUGGGCUUGAGUGUGGCAGUGGGCUGGGUGAGGAACUGGGCUGAGUGUGUCAGUGGGCUUGAGUGUGGCAGUGGGUGGUUUGUGUGUAGCAGUUUGCUGUGUAAAACAGUGGGCUGAGUGUAUCAGUGGGCUGGGUGAGGCAGUGGGCUGAGUGUUGCAGUGGGUUGUGACAGGCAGUGGGCUUAAUUUGUCAGUGGGCUGAGUGUGUUAGUGCGCUUGAGAGUGGUGGUGGGCUGAGUGAUGCAGUUGGCUGUGUGUGGCAGCGAACUAGGUGAGGCAGUGGGCUGAGUGUGGCAGUGGGCUGAGUGAGCAUUUGGCUGUGUGUGGCAAUGGGCUGAGUGUUGCAUCGGGCUGUGUGUGGCAAUGGGAUUAGAGAGGCUGUGGGCUGUGGGUGGCAGUGGGCUGUGUCUGUCAGUGGGCUAAAUGUGGCAGUGGGCUGUGUGUGGGUGUCGAGCAGUGUUUAUGAUUUUAUUUAUUUUCCAUUAAAAUAAACAUUGUUGAAAUCUUAAGCCACAAAUAUUCAAAAUUUAAAAAAAAAUUAUUGAUAAUGUUUUUUUUAUUAUUAGUGUUAUUCCAUGUUGGGACGCAGCCAAGGAGAGUGUUAGAUAACGCGUUGGAAAGGGAUAGAGGGGCGGGUAUCCCCGGGGUGGGGGAUUCUAGUUAUAAAAGAGUUUAUCUUUUUGUGUGCUGCAUUUUUUUUUAUUUAGAAAUUUUUUAAAUUUUUUUUUUGCCUAACGCUGGCGACAGUAACUCUAACUGAGUCAUUAGCAUUACACUAUAACAUUGCUUUGCCUGGUUCUUUUUUUUUUCUGCACUGCAGGAUUGAGCUGUAAUUAUGUGAAUAAAAUCUUAUAAGUUUGAUCUGUUGUCAUCCCUUUAAGACCCCCCAAGUAGGAAAUGGGGUUUCCUUAUUUGAGAUAUGAUCGUUGACAUGUCUGCCAAGUUGAUUCAAUUUAAGUAUAUGAUAGUUUAAAACUGUCACUUAUUUCAGGGAAAACAUGCAAUCGAUCUCCAGGAGUUGACAGUCGUCAAAAACAACCAGCCUCCCAUCCUCAUCAACGACACAACGAACACAACUGACCCCAAGAGUUACCGUCUGCUUCAGCCCGAGUUGGACAACAUCAUCAACAGUCUCUGUAACGUGUCGCCCACCUGUUAGGCAACUCUGUGAGGCCCCUCUGUUAGGUCACUCUGUUAGGCCCCACUGUGAGGCCUCCCCGUUAAGCCCUUUUGUUAGAUCCAGUGUGAGGCCUCUCUGUUAGGCCUCUCUGUUAGGCCCCACUGGUAGACUUCACUGUUAGGUCCCUAUUUUAGGCCUAUCUGUUAAGCCCCUCUGAUAGAUCCAGCUGUGAGGCCUCUAUGUUAGGCCCCCUUUUAGACCCCUCUGUGAGGCUUCUCUUUUAGGCCUUCUGUUAGGCCGCUUAUUGGACCCCUCUUUGAGGACUCAUUGUUACGCCUUUCUGUUAGGCUCCACUCAUAGAGCCCUCUGUUAGGACUCUCUGUUAGGCCCCUCUAUAAUGCCCCCUUUUACCUUUUAGACCCCUCUGUAAGGCCUUUCUCUUAGGCCCCUCUAUAAUGCUCCCUUUUAGGCUCCUAUGUGAGGCCUCUUUGUUAGGUCCCCUAGUUAAACACCUCUGUUAAGCCUUUCUGUUGGGCCUCUCUGUUAGGCCCCCAUGUUAGACCCCUGUGUAAGGCCUUUCUGUUUAGCCCCUCUGUUAGGCCCCUCUUUUAGACCUCCUUUAUACAUCUUUUUGAGACCUAUCUGUUAGAUCCUUCUGUUAGGCGCCUCUAUGUGGCCUCUCUGUAGGCCCCACUGUUAGACCCCUCUGUGAGGCCUCUCUGUUGGGGCCCUCUGUUAAGCCAGUCUGUUAGGCCUGUCGUUAGGCCUCUCUGUUAAGUCCCCUUGUUAGACCCCCUGUUAGGCCUCUCCGUUAAUCCCCCCUGUUAGACUCCAUGUUAGGCCUCUCUUUUAGGCCCCUCUGUGAGGCCCCUCUUUUAAGCCUCUCUGUAAAGUCAGUCUCUUAGGCCUGACUGUUAGGCCUCUCUCAUAGGCCCCUCUGCUAGCCCCCUCUGUUAGACCCCCCGUUAGGCCCCUCUGUGAAGCCAGUCUGUUAGGUCAGUCGUUAGGCCACUCUGUUAGGCCCCCAUGUUAGAACCCUGUGUGAGGCCUCUCUGUUAAGCCCCUCUUUUAGGCCCCUCUGUGAGGCAUCUCUAUCAGGCUUCUCUAUCCGACCCUCUGUGAGGCCCCUCUAUUAAGCCUCUCUGUUAAGCCAGACUCUUCGGCCUGUCUGUUAAGCCUCUCUCAUAGGCCCCUCUGUUAGCCGCCCCCCCCCCUUGUUAGAUCCCUCUAUUAGUCCAUGUUUAAUAAAGGGACUUCUAAAAGUAGCCCUUUUCAAAAGCAUGAAAAAAUAACCACCUUUGAUGCAUUAGAUGUUCGCCACAAAAUUAUUACAUAAAAAUAAUAAAAUAACAUAGGGCAACCCGUAACAACAUAUCUCCAAAAAAUAAACACAUCUCAGUUUGAUUGGGA